CAGAGCACCAUGGCGGAUAUAAGCAAAUCUACGACCGAUGCCACCAAGAAGAAUCACAACAAAUAUCGUCGUGACAAGCCAUGGGACAAUGAUGACAUCGAUCACUGGAAGUUGGCAUCAUGGAACGCGGACGAUGGUGGCGACACAUUGCCCGGCGGCCGUCUCCUGGAAGAGAGUUCCUUCGCAACUCUUUUUCCAAAGUAUCGUGAAGCCUAUUUGCGUCAAAUUUGGCCCGUAGUGACGCGGCAUUUAGAUCAGCACGGAGUAGCUUGUGAAUUGAAUCUUGUGGAAGGAAGUAUGACGGUACGGACAACGAAAAGGACGAAGGACCCAUACGUGAUCCUGAAGGCGAGAGACCUGCUGAAAUUGCUAGCACGGUCACUGCCGGUGGCACAAGCGGUCAAGAUCCUUCAAGACGACUACCAGUGUGAUAUUGUCAAAAUUGGAGGCCUCGUUCGAAACAAGGAGCGUUUUGUAAAGCGACGCCAGCGCCUUCUUGGUCCAGAUGGAAGUACAUUGAAGGCCCUGGAGUUGCUUACGGGCUGCUAUAUUCUGGUGCAGGGCAAUACCGUUAGCAUCAUGGGUGAUUCGUGGAAAGGUUUGAAGCAGGCUCGUCGUGUGGUUUUGGAUUGCUUGAAGAAUAUCCACCCUGUAUACCAUCUGAAACGCCUUAUGAUUCAGAAAGAGCUCGCGAAGGACCCGGCACUUCAGAACGAGGACUGGUCGCGAUUUUUGCCGCAAUUCCAAAAGAAAAACGUACAAACUAAAAAACCUUCCGUUCGGAAGACAAAGAAAUCAUACACACCGUUCCCGCCCGCCCAACAACCGAGCAAGAUCGAUCUACAACUCGAAUCUGGAGAAUACUUCGCAACGGAGUUUGAGCGCAAAACCAAAAAGGUGGCCGAUCGAAAAGAGGCUUCCAAGAGCAAAUCAAUUGCCAAAAGGAAAGCUCGCGAGUUGGAAGAAGAAACACCCGUGCUGGCAUCGCGAAAAGCCAAAACGACCACAACGAAGGAAGAUAUUCCUGUGGAACAGCGCAUCAAGGACAAGUUUCAAAAGGCUGCACAGGCUUCACAAUCUUCGACCUCCGACCCUGCCGACUUUAUUCAAGGAUCGGGCUCGGGAUCCAAGAGGGGUAAAAAAUCGUAG